AUGAGCAACGCUUGGAAGCGUGGAAGACCGACGCGACGCCGGGGGACCGGCAAGACGAAAGGCACGGCGUGCUGCGGUGGCCGACAACAUCAUGGUGCGUCUUCCCGAAAAAGCGCCGAGCGCUGGCUAGAGACCACGGAGCAAGCGUCACUACCUCCGCCGGCUACAAGCGCGCCAGAACCACUGUUCGCCCGCAUACCCCAAGAACGGUGCACCAAACCGGACGUCACGACGCACGUUAUCUGCGGGCACGUCGUGGAGGAGUCGUCCGAAUUGUUCGAGUGCGAAUUGAGAGCCCAACCCCAUGCAAAGCCGGGACCAAGCGCAGUCGACGCCAGUCCUCCACAGCAGCUCUCGCUCGUCAACCGAUUUGCAGGCACCGCCUUUGACAGCCGCAAGGCGACGCCAUUGCGGAUACCCGGCGUCAUAGGUACUCGUCGUCACGAAGCUGUGACUAUGACCGCUACGUCAACCGUUGCAGCUAAGCAAACUUCUAUACUAAGUAAGACGCCGCCUCCGCCCCUCCUGGCACUGGGCGUCGUUAGUGCGAGGCAAACCCCAGCUUCCACCGUGAUUUGCGUCCGCGGAGGAGACCAUCCGACCGCCGCUACUCAGCGUAACUACGAUCAGAACCGCAGCAUUCCAACAACGAUUCCGCACAACCAGGCGGCCAACGCGUCUUCGCAUACCGCGUGCGAAGCUGCGGCCCCAGACGACGCACUCGUGAAAGGAGAGGGCGAUGCAUUGGCGGCUUCGGCGCCCUGCCCGCCUUGGCAGCAUCCGUGCGCGGGUGAACGUGCGAUCGCGGACGGCGCCCGUACGCGUAGGAGUCUGCGUGAAAUGGCAUCGCAGGUCUCGCCGCCUGGGCCUAGUAGGCUUGCACGGGCUCCUACGGAGAAAUCAGCCGAUGAGUGGACGGUAGAAGACGUGGUACGGUACGUCAAGAGGAUCCCCGGAUGCGCCCGGCACGCCGAGAAGUUUCGCAAAGAGGAAGUCGACGGAGAAGCCUUGCUACUUCUUCGAAAAAAACACCUGAUUGUCUAUAUGGGCCUCCCCGUCGGUCCAGCGGUGAAAAUAUUACGCGCAACACGUGAAUUGCGCAUGCGCCAGCACCCGAACUAG